AUGUUACAGAUUGCAAACGCUUUCUUCAAAUUGCCGGGCGAUUAUCUCCCUCAUGAUGCCGAGGAAAUACCUGGCUUCAAACAACGUCUCAAUGAACGUUUGGCCCCAAUUGGCUCUCAAUUCAGCGGUGAAGGUGUGAAUGACGGAGAAUGGGAAAUUGGAGAUACACUUGCUCAAUGGUGGCGUCCCAACUUUGAGACCUUCAUGUAUCCAUUUCUACCGGCGCAUGUGACGAGGCCAAAAGAAUGCAAAAAGUUAUAUUUUGUGAGGUUACCAAGGAGCAAGGUUUUGAGUGUACCAAAGAACAUGAAGCUACUCGCAGUACCCUUAUUCGAACUUUACGACAAUACGCAACGAUACGGCCCUCAACUGUCAGCGAUACCGCAUUUGCUAUCGCGCUACAAAUUCGAGUUCAUAGAUGAAAAUGGUAAUGUGACAGCUGCUACUCCAGGGAUGAGCUCGGGGCCACAAAGCGUGAAGGUCCUGGCGACAGGAGCGAUGGAUAACCUAGACGAAACAAUGCACGAGAAUGGCAUCGUGAAGAAGGAGAGUCAUGAUGCUAUGGAUGAAAAGCCAUCAUGA